CAAAACCACUGGGAUAUAUUUAUUUAUUUAUUUGUCCUCCUUAGUGUACAGAUAGAACCCUAAAAUAAACCUCUAAUGGUGGCUUAUUAGCAUUUUCCCUUAUUUAAGUAGGUGUGUCGAGGACGGAACUCGGGCCGCAUCUUAAACCACACAGUGUGUAUAAACGUGCACUACCUAGGGGACGACUGGGUACUGUGACACCUGUCUAGUGCCCUAUCUAGUGCCCUACGUGUCCAGCAUGAGGAUGUAUUAGUACUGUGCCUGAUGUGUGUCAAGUCUAAGCAACUAUUUACAACAUUCCAUGUAAAAAUAAGUUAAAUAAGUCACUUUCCUGCUCAGAUUCAUGGACAAAAUACUGCAGCAUCCAGGGGCACAUGAAGGUCAUGCCAUGGACCAGGUCACCUUCCGCAGUGACACCGUGCUCUCUGACGUGCACUUACUGAUCCCCAACGCUCGUCAUCUCAUGACACGACUCAACAGUGCCGGACAACCAGUGUUCCUGUCGAGGUUCCGGAUCCUGCGGGAGGAAGAGCAGAAGGACUCGUGUUCUCCGUCUCAGGAGCAGUCUCACUCUCAUCUGGACAAAGAUGGAGACCUGGAUGUAGCGAGGAAGCCAGCGGAGACGGUGCAGGACCGUGAAACCGCUCACCCUGUCAUCCUGAGCCAGACUGCUGGAGCAAAUAGUGAUGAUGAUGAUGAUGAUGAUGAUGAUGAUGAAGAGGAGGAGGAGGAGGAGGACGAUCAUCUCAUGGACAUCAUAAAGAUCGAGCACACGAUGGCGACUCCGCUGGAGGACGUCGGAAAGCAGAUCUGGCGAGGAGCUUUUCUGCUCUCUGACUUCAUCCUGUCCAACACGGCCGUGUUCAGAGGAGCCACGGUGCUGGAGCUGGGAGCAGGAACCGGAUUGACCAGCAUCGUGGCGGCCGGUGUGGCGAAAACGGUCUACUGCACAGAUGUUGGUGAAGAUCUCCUCAGCAUGUGUCAGAGAAAUGUGCAUUUGAAUCAGCGUUAUAUUGCAGCAUCAGACGAGCGCAGUGUGAAGGUGAGACAGCUGGACUGGACCACAGAUGAUUUCCUCACAGAUGCGGAUUCGGUAUUUAGCUGGAGCGAGGACGAGAUAUCGGACCUGCACGAUAACACCACGGUCAUCAUCGCAGCUGAUGUGUGCUAUGACGACGACCUGACCGACGCCCUGUUUCGUACUCUGUAUCGCAUUUCCAGUAAUCUGCGUCACUCCAGCACCGCCUACAUCAGCAUGGAGAAACGGCUGAACUUCACGCUGCGUCACAUGGACGUGUCCUGCGAGGCGUACGAUCAUUUCCGUCGCCGUCUGGAGCAGAUCACGCAGCUCAGAGAGAAGGAAACGAGAUUCACGGUGUCACCGGUGUCCUGCUCCUUCCCCCAGUUCUUCCAGUAUGAACGAGUCAACCAGCUGGAGCUGUGGAAAGUGUCCGCGUCUCCCUUUCACACCGUCUCCAGCUCAACGUCGCCACGACGUCACGGUGAAAACGAUGCCACGUUGAAAACUGAUCCAGAAUCAAGAUCCGAGAGUUGAUACUCAGAAUGAUGCCGUUACAAGUGUGCAGAAAUAAGUGAGCUUAAGUGUUAACUGAAGCCCUGAUGUGAAUUUUAUGAUAUUCGUAUAACAGAGGUUUUGUUCUAUAGGGUAAAGGACCUGGUCCAGAUGGGUGACUUUUAUUUUAUUUAUUUUUUAGCUACAGUUUGUUCUUUUUUCCUCUCUCUCUCUCUCUCUCUCUCUCUCUCUCUCUCUCUCUCUCUCUUGUGCCUACUAAUGAUUUUAAAUUAUUAUUAUUUAAAACUUAUCAUGUGUUUUUGUACAUUUAGUACAUUUCAUACACAUCACAAUCCAAGCUGUAAUAAAAUACAGUAUGUGUAAUAAAGGAAAGUUCCUUUUUU